AAGUUUUGUAGGAGGGAAGGAGGAAGUGUAUUAUUAUCCUAAAGUAAAACUUGAACUUGUGUUUUGAAUUUAUUUCUAAUUUUGUUUUUGGAUAAAUUGAUAUAAUCUUCAUGUGAUUUAUUUUUGUGAUAUAAUUUACCUUAAAUUUUUAGACGUGAAGAUGUAUUUAACUUUUUAUUUAGUACUUUUUUCUAUAUUAAUUAAUAUUGUUUACCUAAUACAACUUAAGGAUAUUAAUGUACCACCUGAACAUAUGGGAUACAUAUUUAAUUUAUUUCCUGGCAUAGCUGAAAGUUGUAAAGUUAACAGUAAUUGCGAUUAUAAAAGAUUUAUUGGACACAAAUCUUGUUGGGGUUAUGAACCUGGAUGCAACAAGAAUGUCUCUUACCAUGUAAGGCCUCGUUGCCCUGGCGAUCACAGAGGAUGGGUAAGGACAAAAGGGGCCCAGUAUGAUACAUUUUAUACACAAGCAGAUUUUGGUUAUGUUAAAGAUCAAAUAGAAGAAUUACAAGUGAUGUGUGAAGCAUCUUAUCUCCAUGAUAGUUCACUAGAAUGUUCAAAAUAUUUAAGGUUCUGUAGAGGCAGAAAUUUAAUGCUCAAUUUUACCGGUUUGGUUGGCCGUGGUGAUAAUUUACGUUAUAAAAUGGAUAUUCUAUCUGAGGGACAAAUUGGUGGUUAUUGCAAUUAUUAUGAAGAAAGGCUCAAAACUGAAGCAGAACAUAUGAGUGCUUUACAAUCAUGGGCUCCGGAAAUGGUGAACUUUGUAAAGACUCCAUAUAGACCAAUAUUUGAUGAAAAAUGUGAUAUUGUUAUCGAGAAACCAACAUAUAUAAUGAAGUUGGAUGCUACUGUGAACAUGUACCAUCACUUCUGUGACUUCUUCAAUCUUUACGCAUCACUCCACGUCAAUUCCACACACCCGUCCACUUUCACGAAAGACAACCAAAUUCUUAUUUGGGAGACUUUUACCUAUGAUUCCGCUUUCAAAGAUGCAUUUAAAGCAUUCACAUCAAAUGAGAUCUGGGACUUGAAAAAAUUUAGAGGAAAAAUAGCAUGCUUUAGAAAUGUUGUCUUUCCCCUUUUGCCUAGAAUGAUAUUUGGCUUAUAUUAUAACACACCCUUGAUUUAUGGUUGUGAACGAAGCGGUUUGUUCCAUGCAUUUUCAAAACAUCUUUUACAUUCAUUAGCAAUCAAGCAAGAAAUCCGAAGCAAUGACAAAAUAAGGGUGACAUUAUUAUCUCGAGGAACAACAUAUAGAGGCAUCUUAAAUGAGAAGGACAUAGUUGAAGCGUUACUCAAAGUGAAAGGUUACCAUGUGCAGCAUGUAGUGUAUGACAGAACAGUUCCAUUCAAAGAACAGUUGGAGAUAACGCAUAAUACGGAUGUGUUCAUCGGAAUGCAUGGUGCGGGAUUAACACAUCUUCUCUUCUUACCCGACUGGGCUGCUGUGUUUGAAGUAUACAACUGCGAGGAUCCAAACUGUUACUCAGAUCUAGCCAGACUUCGUGGUUUGAAAUACGUCACUUGGGAGAAAAAGGACAAACUUAUCCAACAAGACAAGGGCUACGGUCCGGGUGGUGCGUCUCAUGCUAAAUUUACUAAUUAUUCCUUCGAUGUGGGCGAGUUUCUGCGGCUAGUGGAGGUUUGCGCGGCGCAUGUACGAUCGCGGAAGGAUUUUAAGAAUUUUCUCCAAGCAUCUACAAAGAAAUCACGACAUGAAGAAUUAUAGAUUGGUAAACAAUUGUACAAUUUCCGACCUCAAACGCAAUAUACUUUCUAGGUUAAGUUUAAAUGCGUGAUAUUUUCAUACGAUCAUUUAUGUUUCGUGCCUAAAUACUCAAAUAGAUCUUUUUAGCAUAAUAAAACGAUAGCAUUUCUCCAGUGCCAUUGUGUAGUUUUUAAACAAAAUUAUAUGAUCAUUUCAUUUAAACAAUUUUAAGACCACUAAAAAUAAUUAAAAGACAUAAAAAAUGUUUUCUUUAUUAAAUUUUUAAUCAAAUGUUUUUUUACGCAGCCUUAAAAUAUACAAAACUAGUAUAAGUAAAGUAAUAAUUUAAAUUAAAUACAAAAUUUCGGUAUUUGUUUCAAAAAGGUUUACGCCAUAACGAUCUUUUGGCCUGAAUUAAUGAAAUUAAUAAAAAUAAUAUGUGAUAACAAAGUGAUAAUUGUAUAGUUUAAUAAGUUUUAAUAAAUAAAUUAGAUUUUUUUCUUUCGUA